CAACCACUCCCCAGCCUCCGCCUUUCCAUACGGCACAGGGCCUGACACGUGCGUCGUCAGCCGCCGUCUCCAUCGUCCAUCAUGUCAUCCAUCCCGUCGGCCCACCCAACGACUAGUCCUCCCUCGAGACCUCUUGUAGACGCGCACCCGCCCGACUCCCUCCACGAUGUCCCGCCCACCUCUACCAUCCACUCCUUCCUCGCCACGCACCACCUCCCACCCUAUGUGGACAACGGCGACGGGGGUGCCGGGGGUGCGACGCGCGACAUGACGUUCUCCACCUGGGCGUCGCUCUUCCUUCAUCGCCGCCGCGGAGCAGGCCCUCAACCUCCCUCCCCCCAACCCGUCAUCAUCCGUCUGGAUCCCCCCGAGCGAUUUGCCUUCCUGCGCGACCACCUCGAGAGUAUGCUUGACCCCAGCCCACCCGACCCUGACGUCUUGGGUGUCUCCGCGGCCCUUCCUCAUAACAUCCGCGCGUUCCCAGUCACCGACGAGGUCAAUGACCAGCACCCUCUCCUCCGGUCGACUCUCCUCGCCCUCAGUCACGACGUGGUCCAGCUACACCACAACCUGGGCUGGGCGAUAGAGAGCGUAUGGACUCGUGAAGAAUUCGUGAGCCCGAACACCUGGGUUUAUGACGACGAGCUGGCAUCUCUGCGCCGCCUCCUUGUCGCCAACGGCAUUCCUGUAACCGCGUACAAGCCGUCGUCGACCAAGUCAGGCUCCCAAAAGGGUGCGCCCAAGCAGGCGAGCAGCGACAACGCGCCAGUCUCUCCUCCAACCCUCAACCAAGUUGCCCGCAAACGACCACGCUCGGGUCGUACGCCAACUGGGGAGAAACGGCCGCGCGACGACCGAACUGUCCUCAUCGCAUCUCCAUCAGCCACGUCAUCUCGACCUUUCACUGUCCCGACUCUCUCCUCAGUCGUCAACGCUCUAUCAUCCUCGUCGCAGCCCGACGACGGCGACUCUCAGACCGUUCUGGACGAUGACGAGAACAAAGGCGUUCUCACCAGCCUCCUCCCCCAAACCCUCCAUGGCGGGUGGACAGACUUCGCGUCCACAUAUAGCAACUCCACUGGCUGGCUCUUAGCGGUCAAAAGGCGCGGCGCGAUCCCAGAAUCUGAGCUCGACAAGUUCUUCCUCCACCUCUGCCGGCCGACCGCCAGCGCCUCCAUGGCUGCGGUCGCACCGGAGACUGGCGUGUUCGACCGAACCAAGCUCAAGAUUGCGUACACAAGCUCACCAUACGGAUGCCAAUGGUCUCCAAAGCUGAUGUCCCUCUUUGCGCAACUGUACCAGCAGAUGGUCAUGAAUCGUGUACCCCGUGUGGCGUUGUGUACGUGGGACCGCAUCUACCUGUUCCGCCUCGACGCGGAUUGCAACAUGCUCGUCUCGCCGCCAGUGCUCCGUGACCCAGACGCGCAGAGGCAGUAUCAUCGGCGCCGCCUGCCUACACUAGACUUCACGCCUGUGCAGGUACUCACCGCGCUCCUGCUCAACACAGUCUACCUGACUGAAAAAGAGAACCCAGAGAUCCCUUCUUCCACCGGGCGUUCCAGCGAUGCGUCAGUGCUUUACGCCGGCCCCGAGCAUUUUUCCGCAGCGGCGCGCUCCACCACCGAGACGCUUGACGUCCUGGCCGAUUCUAGCCGUCGCAACGUGAGAAAUUCGGAGGAUGCACCUCGCGACGAUCAGCCUCCGCCUACGCCGGACAUGGACCGGGACGACCCAGACACGAGCUUGGACUCGAUCCCUGAACAGCAUUGGCUGGACAUUGAGUGGGGUGAUUACAUGGACUACGAAGCAAAGAACAAGCGCACUGUCCAUCACCUUGACCGCGUCGUCUCUGGCGAGCCACUGCCACCCUCCGCCGCCUCCACGCUCAGCCUCACCCCGUCGCACCAAGUUGGCGCGGGCCGGUGUGGGCCCACAUUCCGCGUCCCCAUCAGUCCCGCGCUCAUCGUCAAAGUCUUCGACUGCUCCGCCCGCAAUCCGCACCCACAGCGAUACUCUGCACCUGAGAUGCGCGCGGCAGCACUCCACGAGGCGCAGCUGUACAACGGCCGCCUUUCCGGCCUGCAAGGCGUAGUGGUCCCGGUCUUCUACGGGCUGUGGGAAGACGAGGGUGCUGGCAUCCUGAUUGCUCUCUUCUCGGACGCGGGCAUGGCGCUAGGCGGUGAUCUAGCCGAGCCGGCGCCGUUACUUGCUGCACAUGCGAAGGCGAUCUGUGAGGCGUAUGCCGCCCUCCAUGGGCAGGGCGUCGUGCACGUUGAUGUUGCGCCGCGGCACAUCUGCCGGCGAGGGGAGCGGCUUAUGCUCGUCGACUUUGAGGGCGCUAUGGCCGGCCCGGGGGGCGAGGACUUGCAGGAGGAGGAGCGGGCGGUUGCGGAUAUGGUAGGGCGCGCAGCGGCUGCUGCAGCGCUCAUUCCAUGAUUCCUGCCGUGAUAGAUAAGGGCACGUUUGAGAGGAGCGUGUACCACACGUUGUAUGUAGCCACGCACCGUCUGUAUAUAUGAGCAGUACAUCUCGAGCAGGUAUCGUCUAGCACUCUAGGAGGCAUCAGGCACAGCAGCCUGGGGGAGACACA